AUGGAUCACCAGAGUCAAAACGAGCAGUUGAUGGAGAGGGGCGUCACCCAAGCGGGUUCGGACGACGUUGUUAGUUCUAACAAUGAAAUCCACCCCCAGGCCUUCCCCCCGGCCACCAACGAGGAACUUUUUAACUUCCAUGUAGAAGAGGAGGACGAAGUCUUUUACGAGAGGCUCACCGAAACACUCCGAAUUGACGCCCAGUCGCCACCAAACAACCUCUUAGACGCCGAGCAAGACAUGGUAGCCAUCGCUACCGACGAGGCGAACAAUGGACAGGCCCCGUUCGACCCACAGACAUUGCCCCAGCUCUCCCUAGAGCAGGUAGAUGCCGCCAUUGCACAGGCCUGCCCCAAUGGCACCGUAGAAGAGCUAUCUGCCGCCAUCGACCUUCUCAACAAUCACCCAGUCCCGUUCUCGAGCAACCUCUUGGGCUUGGAGCAAGACAAGGUAGCCAUCGCUACUGAGGGGACUUACAGCGGACAGGCCACCUUCCAAUCACAAGCCUGUACCCAGCUCCCCUGCUACAACUCCCCAUACAGCCCUUAUGGUAACUACCAAUCGAAUGUUGCCAACACCUUGCCCAGCCAGCCCCAGUACGUCAACCCGGCUGAACUUCAGAACAACGGCGGCAACAGCUGCCAAAGGGUCGUCACCCAACAGAUGGCGAACCCCGGUACUGGUUUCUUAGGUACCGGUGGCUUCGAUCCUCGGACCAUCGCCCAGGUCCCCAAGCCGUCCGAAUACAUGGACGUAGACUCAGUCCCCGGGGCCGAGAAUAUUGAUCCGGCGCUCCUUGAGGACACAGUCCCGGGCCCUAUCCACAAUAUGUCCGGACAUAUGGACAUAGAUUUCCCCGUCGCCGGUCAGCUCUCUACCCCGGGCCGGGCCCCGAUCUCCGGCAACGGCAACGGCAACGGCAACGACGAGGGCAACGGCAACGGCGACGACGACGACGCGGACGCCGACCUGUCUCUGGCCCCACCUCAGCCUCUCAUCGUCCCUGAAGCCCUCAGAGCCAACACCGCAGGCAACAGGGUGGAAAAGAAACCCAACAAAAGACAAGUCGGCAAGAAAGCCUGCUCUGGGUGCAGAAAGUCAAAGCUGAGGUGCAACUCCGUCCCGGGCGGCAUUACUUGCCUCGAGUGCCUCCGGAGAAGCCGGCCUUGCGACAAGGGCCAGACGACUGACGACCGCACGAGGGAAGCGAACCGGGACAAGCUCCUUCGAACCGUCGAGAGAUGCGAGAAGUACCUGGCGGAUCUCCUGCUACUGAUUUACAGCAUGAAGAUCGCGAUGGACCAGGGCAAGCUGAACGACAAGAUGACCAUGAUCAGGAGCCAGCUCUCAAGCGGUCUUACCGAGAUCGGCAUGUUGGUUUAUUACCUCACAGACCAGCCCCUGACACCCCAAGAUGAGCAAAGUGCUCAUGCGUGUGUUCGCCUGGACGCGCUCGCCGGUCUACAAUUAGACCUCCAAGGCAUCGAAGAAAACCUAGCCGAGAUGCGCAAAACGGGUCGCCUAUGCGUUGAACGUACCAAGGACCGCGUCAAAACGUUGGGCCAAUACCUUAACGUCGUGAUGAACGAUAAAGGCCAUGUUAGGGACGCCCAGAUUUCCUUGGGCAAGGUCAAAGGGUCGCGGACCCCUUUCAGUCAGAUCGGCACCGAUAUGAGUGUCCAAUUCAGCAACAUCGCUGACAAUAGCGAUAUUGUCCCCAGUCUUGUUGGCCAUGUCGACAAACUCAAAGCCGUCUAA